AUGGAUAAAAGAUUGUCCAGUGAUGAAGAGGAAUCGUUUGAGUUUGUUGAUGCCUUGGAAGAAACAGCCGAGUAUGUCAUUCCAGAUAUUGCUACCGAAGCCAAAGAGGACGGAGCCAUCAUAGAUGAAAAUCGUCCUGACCUUCAGGUUUUUCAUUCAGCUUUAGACCAAUGUGGGAAGAAUAUAGAUCUUUCUAAAUUUGUAGUUGAUGAAACUAAUACAGAAUAUAAAAAAAAACAAAUAAAGACGUCUGUCAGGUCAGCAAUAGGACAAACACAGCAUGGCAAGGCUCAGGUCAAAGGUCAAACAGAAGAAGAUGUGAAGGAUUGUUCGGUUAAAAAGGAUAGCAUAUCUUUUAUUGAUCCUAUUUCAAAGCAUGCAGUACAAAAUGAAGAAGGAGAAUGCAGUUGUGUAGGAAACAAUAUCAAAGAAGAGGACUUUGAUAAUUUUAACCAUUUCAAGUUCACCGGUGAAAGCUUAAAUGUUAAACAUGAUAGUAUAACCUGUGCUUCUUGCAAGUCAGAAAGGCAAAAAUGUCUAGACAAACAGGUACUUGUUCAAAGUGGAGAUAACUCUGCAAUUUGUAAAGACGGGGCUAUUGGAAAGGGAGAUAACUGCAUUCAAGGCACAGAACAAUUUAAUGGAUCCCACUCAGGCAGAGUGUUGGAACAAUCUAGGCCCCCACAAUCAGAAGACAGUUUUCAAAGUGUUGAAAAUUUGAAUGGCACAAGUAUAAAUACUUGUAACAUUCACAAGAGUGAAGUUACAAAUAAUCAGAGUCAAAAUACUCAAUCUAGUCAAAAAAAUGAAUGCUCACGUCAAAAUACUAGUCAAUCAUACCAAAGUCAAGACAAUGCACAAAUACAUGUAUGUAAUGCAGCAGAUUUGUUGUCUGCUGAUCAUCAUGAUUUUUGUGAUAGUAGUGUUAAUGAUGAGGCUGUAAAAAAUAAGAAAAAAUCCACUUUACAUCUAGAUUGUACACAAACCAUACCUAUUGGAACUAGUCAACUGAGUGGAACGUUUAGUCCGGCAUUUAAACGGGAGAAACCUUUAUGUAAAGAAGAAUUUGAAAUGAUGUUUGACGAGGAUGGUAGAAUUGUGGAUGAGCAUGCUCUGAGGAAAGCUGUAUUUAUGGGUGGAGUUGAUCCUAGUAUAAGAAAGAAAGUCUGGCAUUUCUUGUUUGGAUUUUUUCCUUGCUCGUCAACAUCAAGAGAAAGGGAAGAUAUACUGAUUGAUUAUAUAAUGAAGUACCAUGAACAGAAAUCAAGAUGGAAGACCAUGCUGAUGUUAAAUGCCAAACCUGGAGCAUCACUACUGGAACAAGGUUUAGUGGCCAGGUACCAGAUAGACACAACGAACAGGGCUGUCAGAAGUCCAGACGGAGAGUUCAACGACCCAAUAUCUGAGUUUGAGACACUACAGUUUAAUCUCAUGGCAGGAAAGAUGAAGACAGCUGACCCAGACUUUAAAGCGAUGUCAAAAAGUUUUCCUGAUUUGAAUAUCAAUUCCCCAGAACUUAAACAGAAAAUUGAUUUUAUGAGAAUUCAAUCACAGGUACUGGUGAAUAGACACAAUGUAAAUGUUAAAAACCUGUGGAGCCAUUUGAGAGUGAUAGAUAAGGAUGUUCCUCGAACUGAUAGGGACCAAGACUUUUUCAAGGGACCAUUGAAUCCUAACCUUACAGUAUUACGUGAAGUACUCGCCACAUUUGCAGCAUUUCAUCCAAAGAUUGGUUAUGCCCAGGGCAUGAAUGAUAUCUUAGCCAGGUUCUUGGUUGUGUUUGAUUCAGAGGUGGAGACCUAUUGGUGUUUCUCACAUUAUAUGUCCAAGAUACAAGAAGACUUCACAGAGGAGGGCAUGGUCAGAAAGAUUGAACUGGUUGUGGAACUUUUAGAAGAGAUGGAUUUAGAAUUACUUCAGCAUUUACGACAACAUGAUAUGGGAGACUUAAUGUUUUGUCAUAGGUGGUUGUUACUUGGUUUUAAGAGAGAAAUGCCUUUUCCGGAUUCACUCAGAUGUUUUGAGAUACUUAGUAGUCAUCAUUUGGAACUCUCCUCUCUAGAGGCAGAAACUGCCCGUAGGAAACAGACAAUGAAAGAAUUCCAAAAUUUAGGUGGAAUAACGAGAACAGCCAGGUUGGAUACAGAAUGUGAAUAUACAUUUGAGCUGUUCAUGUGUUUAGCUUUGUUAGAGGAAUGUCGUGACGAUUUGUUACAAAGUACAGACACUGCUGCAGUCUUUACUGUCAUAAACAAUGUGAAGAUUGACCUGGACGAUAUUUUGUGUAAAUCUGCUGAUCUUUUCUACAAAUACUGCAAGAAAAGUGUGGACGAUAGUUUCCUGAUGGUAGAACUACCAUCAGCUGGAAAUAGGAGACAUAAACCUGCCUUUAGAAAAUGAAUAAUCAACUCCGCCUACCUAUAUAUACAUAAAUCAAUUUCUGGAAUAUAUUUUGGAGUUUGCAGUCCUACAUUAUGAUUUUUUAAAAAAUUACUGUAACUAAAUUUGAACUACAGUGGUAGUUAGAUAUAGUAUCUGACAUUGAUGUCUAAUAGAGAUACAGAUAACUAUAAAAUUGAUUCUUAUUGAUAUUGUAUACCAAUAGGGGAUUGGGCAGAAGAUACCAAUUAAGAAGACAAUAAAAAACCAUAAGUGAAGGAUACAGAGAUUAUACCAUAAUCAUGGGAGAUAUAAAUGAUAUGAAAUGUACUAUGAAAAGUCUGGGAAGGGAGAAUACUCCAUAAUCUGCAGUGCAUUCUAUUAAAAAUGUCUAGUCAAUUUUCUUUUAUGAUCAGGCAGUAUGAGAAUAAUAAUAGUUCAUUUCACUAAUUAGUUAGUGAAAUAUCAAAAUUAAAAAUAUGUAGCCUCUUUCCGGGUAAAUCACAUUUUUCAUUAAUUGCACGAUUGGUAUAUGGAAGCUGUCAAAGGCUACUCAACAAGUUAAAUUUAAUUUUUAUUGUUACAAGAAAUAUUAUUUAAUUGCAAAUAGGUGUUAGGAAUGAUUGCAAUAAGUUAUCUUAAUCAAAAUGGUUGACAUCAUCAAAUUCAUUUUACACUAUGUUGAACUGUAGUACCUUUCAUUGACACUUGACACUUUCCAUCAUUUUUGUCUCAAAAGCAAUUAUUUUUGUGAUAACAAGCUCUCACGCAAGUUUUAAAUUUUAUUUUGAUUGAUACAAGACCUUUUUUAAAACCAAUUUCGGAUGAAAUAAAAUUUGAUUUCAAACAGGAUAGAAUGAUUGCACAUAUCUGAUUAACACACUUCAUUAUUUUCGUCUCAAAAGCAAUUAUUUUUGUGUUAAGAAAUUGUCAUGCAAGUUGUAAAUUUCAUUUUGAUUGUUUCAAUACCUACACAGCUACUUUUGAGGGUCUGGAUGGGGGUCCUUCAUUUUUCCAUUCUUUAAUUUUUUAGGCCAUUUUUCUCUAUUCUUUAUAUUUGAGCACCUCAUUAUUCUCUAUUCUUUAUAUUUUUUGCCCAUUAUUCUCUUUUCUGUAAACCCCCAUCCACACCCUUACUUUUGCAUGUAUAAUUAUUUAGUACUAUAAUUUUAAAGUACUGAAAAUAUACCUAAAUAACUUAAUAGUGAUGUAUAUACGUGGUGUUUUCAAACUAGAAGUGUACUAAUUUAGUACCAUACUUUUACAGUACUAGCGUUGUACUGCAAAUUCGAAGUACCCGUUUUUUAUACCUUCUUAGUGUAGUACUAUGAAGGUUAAAUAAAUAAUGUAGCACUUCUUUUUAAGUAUUAUUUGAUGGGUAAUUUUACUGAAACUGUUCAUAAUUUAAAACUAUUUAACUAGUACAAAAAAGGUUUUUACAUAACAUGUACUACACAUUAAAAGUAUAGACUGUUGCUUUCAACUUGAAGUACAAAUCCAGUGCUGUGAAAGUAUUGUACUGAUAUAGUAUAACAGUUUUGAAGUACUGAGAAAGUACUGUAUUAUAAUUUGGCAACCUUGCAACCUGACAUCUUAUUUUUGAAAACUCAAUGAACAACACAUUGGUUCUCAUAGCCUAAUUGGGUUGGGUUAAAUCAGUUUUUAUGUGUACAUAAGAAUGAUUUCUGCAACAUUCUUGAUGACCUAGGAUGUCUAUUUACAAGUAUGCAAAUACACGUAUGCAUUGUUUUUUUGUUUGUGAAAACCAAUCAGAAAAUACUGUCAAAACUACUCAAAUUCACCGUCUAUGAUGAUGAAAUAGGGUGUAAAUAAGGGAAGAUUUUUCUAAGGAGUGAGAUUUUGACCUCCCCAGUAGGUGACAAGUCCAAAGAGGGAGAUGUCAAGUUUUUACAGGUAAAAGAGGAAGUCCUUCCUAGAAUUUAUGUAUUGGCAGGUACAUUGUAUGUCACAUAGAAUAGUUUUGCAAUAGACUAUUGUCAUAUUACCGACUUUUGACUCUGGAUUAUAUAAUUUUUGACAGGUAACCUUAUCUGUGGUAGGACAUCCUAGUACUCAGUCAAGUUAUAGCAACCAAAAGAAAUAAAAUCAAACAUAUAAAACGAGGGUGCAAU